AUGACAACACAACCCAAGAAACGCUAUGCCCUCGUCGGCACCGGCGGCCGCUCCUACUUCUUCUACUCGGCCAUCGCAACAACCUACUCAUCCACCUCGUGCAUCGUCGGCUUCUGCGACACAAACCAAACCCGCCUCAAUUACGCCCUCUCCCGGCUCACCUCCCUCGGCCACCCCCCGGUCCCUCUCUACCUUGCCUCCGACUACGACAGGCUCAUCACCGAAACCAAACCAGACGAAGUCAUCGUCACAACCGUCGACCGCACCCACCACAUCUACAUCAUCCGCGCCCUCCAACUAGGCUGCAAUGUCGUCUCGGAGAAACCAAUGACCAUCGACGCCCCUCGGUGUCAGGCCAUUUUCGACGCUGUCAACGAGACCAAAAGAAACGUCAGAGUCACCUUCAACUACCGCUACGCACCCCACAACACCAAAAUCUACGAGCUCUUACACUCCGGCGCCAUCGGCCAGGUGACCUCAGUCCACUUCGAAUGGCUGUUGAACACCUCCCACGGGGCAGACUAUUUCCGCCGCUGGCACCGCGACAAGCGCAACAGCGGAGGGCUACUGGUCCACAAAUCCACUCACCACUUCGACCUCGUCAACUUCUGGCUCAAGACAAGACCUCUCUCCGUUUACGCGCAGGCAGACCUCAAGUUUUACGGCAAAGAAAACGCCGAGCUGAGGGGCGUGACCAAGUUUUAUGACCGAGUCAGGGGCAACGAGGAGGGAAACGCAAGAGAUGACCCGUUUGCGCUGGACUGCAGCAAGGUCGAGACGUUGAAGAGUUUGUAUCUUGAUGCUGAGCACGAGGAUGGUUAUUUUCGGGAUCAGUCCGUUUUUGGAGAUGGCAUCAGCAUAGAGGAUACGAUGAAUCUGCUGGUUAGGUACAAAAAUGGGGCGGUCAUGACGUAUUCUUUGACGGCAUACGCGCCGUGGGAGGGGCUGAGGGUUAAUUUCAAUGGGACCAAGGGACGGAUAGAGAUGGAGGUGGUGGAGAAUAGUUAUGUCAAUUCGGGAGGGGAUCAGUCAUUGGAGGGGUGUUUGGAACGGAGCACCAUCUUGCUGAGGCCGUUGUUUGAACCGCCUGGGGAGGUGGAGAUUGGGGAGGCAAAAGGGGCGCAUGGGGGAGGGGAUAAUGUCUUGUUGCAGGAUUUGUUUGGGGAGCCGGUGUCGGAUGAGUACAUGAGGGCUGCCAGCCACGUGGAUGGAGCGGCGAGUAUCUUGACGGGGAUUGCGGCGAAUAGGUCUAUUGCUACGGGGCAGGUGGUGUUUGUGGACGAUAUUCUGAAGGUGCCUGAUAACUAG